GAAAGUAAUAGGGGGUUAGUUUAAUUUUGGUGAUGGAUGAGAGUGUGAGUGGAAAGUGUAGCUGACCACAUAAUUUAUCAAAUAGUACAAGCAUGUACACAUUCUUAAUAAUGUUCCAUGUUAAGAUAUACUAAACAUGAAGUUACUCCACAAUAUAUGAUGGUGUAAAUUACGAAUGGUUAAAGUCGAGACUUGUUUGAUGAUGGCCUGUUUGCUUGCUCCCCUUGGACGUGCGGCAAGUGCAGCAGCGUUCGACCGUUUCUCUAGGGGCAAGCGACACCUCCUGGUGGGGGACUUCAAAUCUGCUGUCGCUGCCUUCGAGGAGGCAACAGAGUCCCUGGUGGAGCUGUGUGGGGAGCAGGCGCCCGAGUGUGGUGACGCGUACUGCCGCUGUGGCCGUGCAUUGCUGGAGCUGGCACGCAAGGAGGCAGGGGUGCUGGGGCCAGAUCUGGAUGGUGCCAGUAGUCGUGUGUAUUGCUUGGUUAUUGUGUUAACGUGCUGGAGUGUGCACAGCCGGGAGUGUUUGGGGAAUGAAAAUAAAAGGAGUUAUGGAUGUUUAAAAAUGCAUCUUUUGAGAGCUGAGUAUACAAGAAAGUUGCUGUGUUUGCGGGAUGAGUAAACAAUGAAGAAAUGUUUUGAGGAACUGGGUGUGCAGAGGCACGAGUGUUUGGAGAAUGAGAAUACAGGAAGACAGGAGUGAUUUAGGAAUAAGUGUACAAGAAAGGAGUGUUUGAGUGACAAUAUAUAAGGAAGAGGUGUUUUGAAAAUGAGAGUACAAGGAAUGAGCAUUUUGGGAGUUAAUAUACAAGGAAGCAAGUAUUUAAGGGACAAGUAUACAAGAUUAUUUUCCUGUCAUAUGUCAUUAUACAAUGUUUUUCUUUUGUUAUAUACAUCAUUCCCUUUCACUUUUCAUAUCUUGUGUUCUCGUCAUUCUGAUGUAAUGUUACAGAUAGAGAAUGUUUGGUGUCAAAUUUUCACUAAUUUCAUAUGUGUAUAAACUUUCAUUUCAUUGACUUUUUUUUUACUAUUACUACUAUAUUUGCUUGCUUUUUAAACAAGUCUUUUCUUUCAGAGGAGGAAGCACAGGGGAAGAGGAGGACGAGGAGGAAGAGAGUUAAGAGUCACAAGAGGAGGAGGAAGGUGGAAAGAAAGAGGAAGGAGAGGAGGAGGAGGAGGAGGAGGAAGAUGGAGAAGGAAAGGAGAAAGAUAAGAAGGAAGGAAAUGCCGCAGAAGGAGAAGAGCAAUAAGAAAUUAGAAUUGACAGAGAAACCAGACAAGGGACUGCAUUUGAAGAAGCACAAGAACCAAGAAAUUACAUCAUUCAAUGAAAUGACAACAUAAUCUAAAAUAGAAAUCAAAAACGUCACAAGACAGAAUAGUGAGCUGCAUGCACUUAUCACAGAGUAUAAAGUCACUCCCUCAGAGGAAAAAGACAAGGAUGGCAUGUCUUCAUGUGAGAACUCAGAAGCUAAAUGUACAGAUACCAAGGGGAAAUUGCUGGGUCAAGUGGCUACACUGACAUCUGAGGUUAGCAGGUUGGAGAGUGAGUGCAGCAGUCUUCAGGUUCAGCUAGACUGUGAGAGGGAUAAGUAUAACAAACUGCUGGGAGAAUCUCUUGCUCAUGAAAAGUUGUCUGAAGAUGUCAUAACUGAACCAAAAGGAGAAACAACAGGAUUGGGAGGAACUGAGCUUUAACAGAAGCUGCAACAACUGCAGGAGGCUCACAGGGUCCUGGAGAGCAGGUUAACUUGCAGCAUGAAGGAGGUGGCUGAGCUGAGUGACAGGAAGUAGCAGCUUGAGCAUGCUGUAGUGCAUGAGGAGACAGAGUCCAUCGGUGACUACAUCACCAUCUACCAGUUGCAGCGAGGAGUGAUGAAGCAACAAGCUCGAGAACGCGAGUUAGACCUUGCCAGCCUCCAUCAUGAAUGAGAGGAAAUGAAGCAAAACCACUCUGCAGGAUUUGAUAUCAAAGCUGGUGCAGGAAAAGGAAGCAGAUCAUGACCUUCAGCAGCUCGAGAAGAUAAGCAGCGUCCUUAUAUAUAUGUUAUAUAAAUAUGUUCCUUUCACUAUAAUAUAUUAUAUGUAUUAAAAACUGCAUGGAAUACUACUGUAUUCCAUGCACUUUGUAUUCCAUGUAUUCCAGCCACUCAGUCUCCUACUGAGUGGCUGGGGUUUUCCAAAAGUGAGGGUUGGUGUUCUAUACCAUACCAUGUGCCCUGUUUGUAUUCCUUCUCUAUCCUCUGUAUUAUAUUCUAUGUAAAGAUGGUGCUGGGGUGGGAUCUACUUCUUAUUCCCUAAAAGUGAUGAGGAGUGACACUGGGCAGCAUUAAUUUGCUCCUUAGAGAUGGCUGGGUUCCUGUGGAUGAGUGGGCCAUGCUGUGCUUUGUCAAGGAUGGUGUUUGGUAUUGUGAUGACUCUUGCCACAAUCAAGUGUCUCCCACAGAGUAGUGGAGUACCUAUGUAUGGUGUUGACCCAAGCUGUCCAGGUCUCAUCCAAUGCCUUAAUAUGAUUUAGAUGAUCAAAAUGGUUUAACUCACCAUUUAAUCAGCUGACUGAUUUGAAUGGAGAAGUAUGUAAUGUGUUGUAGCCUAACCAUCCCUGCCAGCAUGGUCAGACUCUUGGUAGUAACCUGAAAUGCUCCUAGGUAGUGAGUAUCAUUGCACAUAAUGAUCUUUACUUUGUCAGUAAUUCAAUGAUACUGAAUAUUACUCUACUGGAUUUUGCUCAGCACUGCUUGGUAACUUUUGGCCAUAAUCCCAGGUCUGGAAUGAUAUGAAGCCAUGUUUUUACAUUCCAUAUGAGACAGGCAAGCACUAUGCUUUGCCUGACUGAUACCUGUACUUUGCAUUUAUGACCCCAGGUAGUUCAUCACUCUCUCUCUCUCUCUCUCUCUCUCUCUCUCUCUCUCUCUCUCUCUCUCUCUCUCUCUCUCUCUCUCUCUCUCUCUCUCUCUCUCUCUCUCUCUCUCUCUCUGUUUGGAAUUAUACUGUAUAUUAGGAAAUAUCAUUAAAGAGUGUGUGUGUAAAAAGUGUUUGCAUUAUUGUGCAUUUGAUGUUGGUUUCAUGAUUUAUAAAGAUUGCUAUUUUUAAUAAAGUUAUUGAAAUUGUUA